AUGUUUUUGAAAUUUGUACAAAUGCAGACGCUUUUACUUUCAUUUUUUUUAUAUCUUUCGAUCUGUCUCGCUACCCUGGUGAAGGAGCUGUCACUUCCUCUGUUCAAUUACUUAAGUGAUGACCAGGCAGACGCAAUUAGCCAGCAAUCUACAACCAAUUCCGAAAGCCAUUAUGUGCAUAUGAUAAGACAACCUUCAUGUGCAAAUAUGACUCGAGAUGAAUUUAUGACGGUCUUUGCCAAGUACCCAUACUUUCGAAUUCGGUGUGAGGCCGAAGGGACGACACUAGAGCCAUACGAGAUGAGCGAUCUUGGAAAAGAAGUUUUCCAAAUUCCCGAAGAAAAACUGAUUGUUCUCGUUGAGGUCGGCGCCCAGCAGGAGAUCGACAAGGUCUUUGUUCGGUUUCCCAUCAGUCCAUGCGUUCGCCCCAACGGGAAAGGCACUGGCCAAAUUGAAGUUUAUAUCACGCUCAAUUCACUUCGAAAAAGAAUUAAAGAAGUCUCGGGCAUGCUUCCUCUUAUAGGAAUGCAGGUUGGAAGAGCCAAGUUCCACAGCAGCGGCAAUGAAUUGAUCUACUCUACCCUAUGUCAAUAUCAGGACACGGCUGUCAGGCCCGCAGUGGAAAUUUUUUCGACAAUUGUGAAAUUCAAAGCCAGAGAAUGGAACAUCUACCCUGCCCAAAAAGAGUAUAUCACCCAGGGAGAGUGGCUCGAGUCUACAGCAGCCGAAAUAAGUGGAUCCUCUUUGGUGAUUUCCUGUUUGAGCGAACGCUAUUUUCCAGAAGUAUGUCAGUGGUCCGAAACAAGCGCCUUGACCGACUUGCUUCGAUUCUUCUGA